AUGGUGGUUGGUUCUCUGUGUGCCCUGAUCCACGGGGCAGCCUCUCCCCUCAUGCUACUGGUCUACGGAAUGAUGACUGACACAUUUGUGGCUUAUGAACUGGAGGUGCAGGAGCUGUCUGAUCCCAAUAAAACCUGCAUUAAUGAAACCAUCACCUGGAUCAAUGGCACCAUAUUUGAGAGGGAAGACAACACCACUGUCUUCUGUGGAGUGGACAUUGAGGCUCAAAUGACCAUGUUUGCAUAUUACUACAUCGGCAUCGGAAUUGGGGUGUUCAUCCUCAGUUAUUUUCAAAUCGCCAUGUGGGUGUCGGCGGCAGCCCGGCAGGUCCAGAGGAUCAGAAAGACUUACUUCAGGAAAAUCAUGCGUAUGGAAAUUGGCUGGUUCGACUGCAACUCCGUGGGAGAGUUAAACACAAGGAUAUCAGAUGACAUUAACAAAAUCAACAACGCCAUCGCAGACCAGGUGUCCCUCUUCAUCGAGAGGAUCUCCACGUUUCUUUUUGGCUUCCUGGUGGGCUUUAUCGGAGGAUGGAAGCUCACUCUGGUAGUGAUUGCAGUCAGUCCCCUCAUUGGACUGGCUGCAGGACUGAUGGCAAUGGCUGUGGCGAGGCUGACGGGUCGAGAGCUGAAGGCCUAUGCUAAAGCAGGAUCUGUUGCUGAUGAAGUCCUCUCCUCAAUCAGAACCGUCACUGCUUUUGGAGGAGAGAGCAAAGAAGCUGAGAGAUAUGACAGGAACCUUGAGGAAGCUCAGAACUGGGGUGUGAAGAAAGGAACCAUCAUCGGACUGUUUCAGGGAUAUCUGUGGUGCAUCAUCUUCCUCUGCUAUGCUCUGGCUUUCUGGUACGGCUCCAAACUGGUCAUUGACACCAAAGAGUUGUCACCUGGGAGCCUCAUUCAGGUGUUUUUUGGUGUCCUCAUGGCCGCCAUGAACCUAGGUCAGGCCUCUCCGUGUUUAGAAGCUUUUGCCUCAGGCCGCGCUGCAGCCAAGAGCAUCUUUGACACUAUCGACAGGGAGCCAGAGAUUGACUGUUUCUCAAAGGAGGGGCACAAGUUAGACAAAGUGAAGGGAGACAUUGAGUUUCACAACGUCAUGUUCAACUAUCCUUCCAGGCCAGAUGUCAAGAUUUUGGAUGGUUUGACCAUGACUGUGAAAGCAGGAGAGACCACAGCGUUUGUUGGACCAAGCGGAGCUGGGAAGAGCACUGCAGUGCAACUCAUACAGAGAUUCUAUGACCCUCAAAUGGGAAUGGUAACCCUUGAUGGUCAUGACCUCAGAAGUCUAAACAUCCAGUGGUUACGCUCUCUGAUCGGUAUUGUGGAGCAGGAACCUACACUGUUUGCUACCACCAUCGCAGAAAACAUCAGUUUCGGCCGUCCCGGGGUAACCGUGGAAGAGAUCAUACAGGCUGCCAAAGAAGCUAAUGCAUACAACUUUAUUAUGGAUCUGCCUCAGAAAUUUGACACUCUGGUUGGAGAAGGUGGCGGUCAGAUGAGCGGUGGUCAGAAGCAGCGAAUCGCCAUCGCUCGUGCUCUUGUUCGGAAUCCCAGAAUCCUCCUGCUGGACAUGGCCACUUCAGCUUUGGACAAUGAGAGUGAAGCCAUGGUUCAAGAGGCUCUAAACAAGGCUCGUCAGGACAGAACCACUAUCUCUAUUGCUCACCGCCUCUCCACCAUUCGAAAUGCUGAUGUCAUCGUCGGCUUUGAGCACGGACGUGCAGUGGAAAGGGGGACACAUGCAGAGCUCCUUGACAGGAAGGGUGUUUACUUUACCCUGGUAACGCUGCAAAACCAAGGAAGUGACACACCCCAUGACAAUAAAUAUGAUGAUGAUGAUGAUGAUCAUGAUGAUGAUGAUGAUGACAACGAUGAUGACAAAGAACUCAGAUUUGACUCUGACAAUUUCAGUGCCAAACUGGGCAGCGAGGUGGAUGAGUCAGAGAAAGAUGAAGAUAAGGCUAAGGAAACUGUUGAACCAGCGCCAGUGGCUCGAAUUCUGAAAUAUAAUAAACCAGAAUGGCCUUAUAUGCUUCUGGGAUCACUGGGAGCGGCAGUGAAUGGUUCAGUCAACCCAAUUUAUGCAAUCUUAUUCAGCCAAAUUCUUGGGACAUUUGCAAUCCUGGAUCUGGACAAACAAAGGGAGCAGAUUGAUGGGAUCUGUGUGUUGUUUGUCAUUGUUGGUGUGAUGAGCUUUUUCUCACAGUUUUUACAGGGCUUUGCCUUUGGUAAAUCUGGAGAGCUCCUGACUCGUAGACUGAGGAGGCUGGGUUUCCAGGCCAUGCUGAGGCAGGAGGUGGGCUGGUUUGACGACCCUAUGAACAGUCCUGGAGCUCUAACCACUAGGCUAGCCACUGACGCAUCAAUGGUGCAGGGGGCCACUGGCACACAGAUUGGCAUGAUUGUGAACUCCUUGACAAACAUUGGAGCGUCCUUCAUCAUUGCUUACUACUUCAGCUGGAAGCUGAGUCUGGUGGUCACCUGUUUUCUUCCACUGAUUGGUCUGUCAGGGGUGUUUCAGGCCAAAAUGUUGACUGGAUUUGCCAAAGAUGAUAAGAAGGCAAUGGAAGCAGCAGGACAGGUGUCCAGUGAAGCCCUGUCUAACAUAAGGACCAUCGCUGGCCUGACUAAGGAAGAGAGCUUUGUGGACCUGUAUGAGCAGCAACUGGAGGCGCCGUAUAAGUCUGCCAAGAAGAAAGCCAACGUCUAUGGCAUCUGCUUCGCCUUCGCUCAGUGUGUCAUUUUCAUGGCAUACGCUGCCUCCUUCAGAUACGGUGGCUAUCUCGUCAGCAGUGAGGGACUUCAAUACAUGGUGGUUUUCAGAGUAAUUUCAGCCAUUGUGAUCAGUGGGACAGCUUUGGGAAAAGCUUCAUCUUUCACCCCAGACUACGCCAAAGCCAAGAUCGCAGCUGCUCAGCUUUUCAAACUGUUGGACCGAGUUCCUAAAAUCAGCAGCAGCCAGACGGAAGGGCAGAAAUGGGAUGGCUUUAAAGGACACGUGGAGUUUAUCGACUGCAAGUUUACUUACCCAAGCAGACCUGACAUCCAGGUUCUGAACGGACUGAACGUGUCAGUGAAGCCGGGUCAGACUCUGGCGUUUGUGGGUAGCAGCGGAUGUGGGAAGAGCACCAGUGUCCAGCUGCUGGAGAGGUUCUAUGAUCCAGACCAAGGACAAGUGCUGAUAGACGGUCAUCUGUCUUCCCGGGUGAACGUGCCUUUCCUUCGGGCCCAGAUUGGCAUCGUGUCACAGGAACCUGUGCUGUUUGAUUGCAGUAUAGCAGAGAACAUCCAGUAUGGAGACAACACCAGAGCGGUCAGUAUGGACGAGGUCGUCGAGGCUUCUCACAAGGCGUAUCUCCACGAUUUUGUGAUGACUCUGCCUGACAAAUACGACACUCAGGUCGGAGCGCAAGGCUCUCAGCUGUCCAGAGGACAGAAACAACGUAUCGCCAUUGCUCGUGCCAUCGUCAGAAACCCCAAGAUCCUUCUGCUGGAUGAGGCCACCUCAGCUCUGGACACAGAGAGUGAAAAGACGGUUCAAGCUGCUCUGGACGAGGCCAGGCGGGGUCGUACAUGCAUUGUCAUCGCUCACAGACUGUCCACCAUUCAGUCUGCUGACAUCAUCGCCGUCAUGUCACAGGGAAAGGUCAUAGAAAAAGGGACUCACGAGGAACUCAUGGCCAAAAAAGCUGCUUACUACAAACUGGUCACUACUGGUGCACCCAUCAGCUAA